UUUAAUUUUAGUUAAUAUUUUCCUUUAGGUCUACUGAUACUAUUAUCAGCUCAAAGCAUUCAAAAAAAGAGGCAGAAACUUCCCGUCACACAGCAGCGCAAAGCUUGGAGCGCUGGUUCCCAUGGCGGUUCCACCGUCGGAAACCGAAAACAGAACCAUCUUGUCAUUCUUCUACUCCAACUACCUCCUGAAUCGAAUCCGCGCUUUCUAUCCCUUCUCCCCUACAAGUUUUCUCUACAGCCUCACUACUCGCUUCAGAUCAACCCAACGUCGAGAAUGCCUACCUCUUCCGUUACUUUUCAAUUCGCUCGACUCUUCCAUGAUCUUGACUAAGGAAUCUAAAGUGCAUGGUGUAUUGGAGGAUAUAUUAGAGCGUGUUUUGAUAAAUUUGCAUGGCAUUCAGAAGAAUCUGCAGUUUUGGCAGUCCAGAGCUGAGCGAUCUGAUGCUUGGAAAGCAUAUUUCAUGGUUUUUGAGAGAGGUCCUAGGGCUUUUGUUGAUGAAACAGUUAAGUUGUUGCGUGGACGUGCUGCUGAGGGUUCUUCCAUACAGAAUCUAUGCCAAUCUUCAUCUGAGUAUAUUAAUGAGAGAGUAACUGUUUUGAGUAGCUUAAGAUAUUCGCUCGCCACAUUCUUGGCUCAGGUUUAUAUGGAAGUUGAUAAAGUUGGAGAAGAGAUAGUGACGGAUCCAGAGAAAAAGCUCCACUCGUUGUUGAUUACAAUUAAUGAUUUGUUCUCAACAUUAGAAGCUUCAAUUGGACAUCUACAUGCAAUGCGUCAGAGUGAAUCUUCUGUUGAUGGGAGCUAUUCAAUGCCCCUGCUGUUUCAGAAGCUGCCUGAAAUAAAUCAGGAGGGGUCCCAGUGGACAGAUUGUGAAAUCAGUGAUGCUAUCAAUUCUGUUUAUCAAAAUUUACACAAGCUGGAAUCUUACAUAUCUUUUCUUGUUAUGAAACAUAGAAAGCCAAGGAAAGUAACUCAGUAUUGGAUUCGCUAUACAUGUGGUGCAGUUGGUCUGUCUGCAUGUUCCAUAUGGCUCUUACAGCAUAGUAGUUUGACAGGAAGUUCUGAUCUUGAUAAUUGGAUUCAGGAAGCGAAGGACUCAACAGUUGGCUUUUUUAAGGAUCAUGUAGAGCAACCGAUUUUGUCCAUCAGAGAUGAACUUUUUGAGACAUUCAGGAAGAGGCAUCAAGGUAUCAUGGACCAUGAAGAGGUGCAGUUGACUUCCAACUCACUACACAGAAUGCUACUGGCUUUCAGUGAGCAGACGAAGGGUCAGAAGUUCCCAGGGAAUGCCUCAGAUCAGGAAAUGCUUGAGAUAGUCAUGGAUAGAUAUGAGAAGGAACUCACACAUCCUAUUCAAAACCUGCUCAGUGGAGAGCUGGCUCGGGCUAUGCUUAUUCAGGUUCAGAAGCUCAAGCUGGAUAUUGAGACGGCAAUGCUAGAGCUGAACCAAAUUCUACGGGCAAAUGAAAUCAACUUCGCAAUUCUUGCUGCUUUACCUGCCUUUUUUCUCUCUCUUUUACUUAUCAUGUUAGUACGUGGAUGGUUCAAACAGGAUACAAAAGCUGAAGGAAGAGGUAGAAUUGCUCGGAUUCAGAGGAGGCUACUUGUUGUAGAGGUUGAGAAAAGAAUUAUACAGUACCAAAUUUCUGUUGAGCAAGGGUUGGAGAGAGACGCACAAUGUAUGUUUGGCUUGGUACUCUAUAGCCUGGAUCGCCUAUAUCGUUCCGUUAAGAGGCAUGCAGAAGCUUCCGGAGAGUGGCAGUGUUUGCGUCAGGAUAUAAUUGAUUUGGCUAGGCCUGGCCUGCAAACUACAUACAAGCUCACUGUGACAUCGCGUAUGGAGAGGGUCUAUGACUGUUUGCUUCCGAUUCUGAAACGCCGGUAGCACAUUUUGGUUUACUUUUGUUCUGAAUUUUAAUGGUUUUCCUUGCUACUUUGAAACCCAAUUUUGUUGUGGAUGUCAUGCAUAUAUUCCUUAUAUGGAUGACAUUUUAAACCGUAGUAAGAUCAAGGAUUUGAAUUAUUUUAUCAAUUGAAUUGAAAUCAUAUUGUGAAAAGAUGACAUCUUCAUUUGCUAGUCAAAAAAAGCACACCAGACGAGAUUUUCAUUUUUGUUUUGGCUACGGAAGUGAAGUGACUCAGUGGUAAUUUCCAUAGUGAAAGGCUGAAAUAGUGAAAUAUAUGUUCGGGGUUCCAUGUUUUUCCGUCUCAAGUAACCUCAUUUUUCCACUAAAGAAAUCUGCUAUUUUGGUCCGGCAGGGAGAGAAGUCCUCCAAUACUCUUCCAUUAUAUUAAGUAUUGUUGACAUUUUGCUGUGCCGUAUGUACAUCUAUCAGUGUAUCUGCAAUUGAAAUGUAAGAGUUGGACGACAGUUGAAUCUUUCCAUGAGGCAUGAACCUUCAGAUCAUGUGGUGCAUGCCUGUAUCUUGCCAUGCAAGCCUGGAAUAGACACUCCGAAGUUGAUAUAAAACUUACCUUUAUAGGAUAUGUUACGUAAGAUUAGAAUUUUUGUUUGACGUAGAUAUUAUUUACAUUUACAUUACGUGCCCCAAGUUUUAUUUGGUAGGUAGUUGAAAAGUUGUUUAUACAUUAUAUACUACGAGGCUCACCGUGGUAUUGAAUUGAGUUCUUAAUGAACUCAAGGUAUUGGAUUCAUGACUUUUAAGCUGCAAGCCCUAGACAAAAUACUCUAGAUGGCUUAUAGGAAUAUAGUAAUUCACUGUAUG